CUGGCCCGAACUGAAGGACGCGUUAAUAAUACACUUUAUAUUCACACUUCUUUGGGCUCUUUUCAAUACCGAGUGACAGCUAUUGGUGUCUCCAAUCCAUACCGAUUGCGGCCAUUCAUCGGCGCAAAAGUGCCCAUUAAUUCUUCGUACGCACCGCUUAUUCAUAUCUAUAAUCCUCACACUUCGACACUACAGUUGACAGAAAUGUAUACAACAGGGGGUGGACUGCAUCUGGAGUUACCGAACGGAGAGCCCGAAGGGCUGAAGAAUUUGUGGCAAAUCGCGCCGUUCGAGACCAAGACUAUAAUGAGAGCCAACUUUUUGGCUCGCAGUGAGCGAAACCAUACCUCUUAUAUCAGGAUUAAAACCAAUAGCAGUGACGAACACUUUGUUAUAUUACCGGUUGAGGUGGAGGUGUCGUCCGCUCCCGGCCUCUAUUCGCCCAUUGAUUUGUUAGACUUCGGUGUAAUGCGGACUCAGGACGAGCCGCGAACCAUUGCCAUACAGAUAUUGAACGCCGGCUCCAAACAGAUCCAAAUCCAGAAUGUAAUCGCGACGCCCGUCAACGAAGCGGUCACUAUAACCGACUUCAGUUCACCCGUCAAAGUGUCGCCCAAUAUAUUCCACUCCAUAGACAUUGCGAGAGUCACUCUAACGCCUAAUAAGAUCACUCAGUGCUCCAAACAGUGCACCGGAAAGAUUGUGGUCAAGUCGAAGAAUAAUCAGUACAAGUUAGCCAUUCCUUACAUCGUGCGACUUCUUCAGGGGUCAUGCACCGGAAAGAUUGUGGUCAAGUCGAAGAAUAAUCAGUACAAGUUAGCCAUUCCUUACAUCGUGCGACUUCUUCAGGGGUCAGUUGUGUUGGUCUCCCCUACCAUUACGUUAGCCGAGAAUUCAAAAGAAACGGCACUUAAGAUAACGUUUACGCCUUCCUCUCAAUUGAGUCAUUUGGAGACAACCUUUCGUUUGAAUACGAAUUUAAGUUAUUUUGACGUUCCCUUACAGGCCUAUAGCGGCAAAUUAGAUGUGUUUAUUCCUCAAUCGUUAAACCAAACGGUUCUUGAUUUUGGUGCCAUUGGUUUGGGAGAGAAAAAGUCGAUGACUUUUGCUGUGAUUAACAACAAUCCCGUAGUCGUGAAACUAAAGCAUUGGGGCUGUAAUAUGAGUAAAGCGUACGUCGAGCUCAUGGGUGUCGCUGAGGGAAACGCCACCGUUAUCUCACAUAAGUUGGACUUUUCAACACUUUCUAAAAAACAGAUAACAAUAUUAAAGCCUAAAUACUAUGCGAUAUUUAAACUCCAUUUGGUUGGCUUUCACGAGGAGGGCGUCUAUUACGGCGAGACGUUUGUCGAGACCGCUUACGAGAGGAUUAGUAUACCGUUUGUCUUACACGCGGUUGAGGGGAGUUUUGUGUUGGAAGGAGUGGUGAUUCCCAACUGCUUUCCCGGCCGUAUAUCCUCGCAAACGGUCGCACUCACCAGUUAUUUCACUCAUGACCUCAAAUACAAGUCAUCGAUUGUGAUGCCCGAAGACCAGCGCUUCACUUUCCAGUUGAACGACUCGGUUGUGAGAUAUGGUCACAACAAUAUCGGAAAGUUAUACUUCGAUCCAAUCAAGACGUGCGGCAAAUUGUGUUACUCAGGACUCGACACAUCCAAAGAGGUCGGACACCUGUGGCUACUGGGCGUUGGUCUCCAUCCGGACACCGGAUAUAUUGAUAAAGAAUUACAUAAACUGUUAUACAGUCGAUGGACUAAUUUGCAAGAAUCAGAUAAAACAAUCAACGUAACCCUACGGAUGGCAAUCGACGGCGUGAGUGCCCUCUCUAUCUCAGCUCAGGCGCAGUUACAAUGGCCUAAACUUAUUAACAAAAAACUUAUUAAAUUUCCCAUCACUCGAGUCGGCAAUAUAACUAAUAAAGAAAUACUGGUUGAGAAUCCUUCCUCUCAGCCGAUCCUCAUUCAAGUGGUCCUUUUAACAAGAGUUGAAUUACACCUGUGGCUACUGGGCGUUGGUCUCCAUCCGGACACCGGAUAUAUUGAUAAAGAAUUACAUAAACUGUUAUACAGUCGAUGGACUAAUUUGCAAGAAUCAGAUAAAACAAUUAACGUAACCCUACGGAUGGCAAUCGACGGCGUGAGUGCCCUCUCUAUCUCAGCUCAGGCGCAGUUACAAUGGCCUAAACUUAUUAACAAAAAACUCAUUAAAUUUCCCAUCACUCGAGUCGGCAAUAUAACUAAUAAAGAAAUACUGGUCGAGAAUCCUUCCUCUCAGCCGAUCCUCAUUCAAGUGGUCCUUUUGUCUGAUUAUCCGAAUCCAGAAGCGAUUCUCCAACUCUUUAAAUCCGGUUUUCGUACGCAAUGGACAGAACAAGAGUUGAAUUCUGCGGAAACUAAACCCAAAAGUUUUCACUUAACAAAUUUGACUUCUGAUGAAAUCGUCUCCAACCGUAAGAAUAUAAAGGAAGCGAUUGGUGUGAAUCCCGACUCCAAUUCCAUGACAUUUUUGUUGCCAUUCGGGACCCGAAAGAAAGUGUCGAUUAGUUUCGCGCCCAAAGAUGACUCGGCGCUCGUGUCGACUAUUUUGUUGGUGCGAAACAAUCUGACUAUAAUCGACGCCCUUUUGCUUCAGGGACAGGGAGGCAAUGGUAUACUGAAAAUAGGGAACCAAUUGCCCGGAGCUAAGUCUGUGCUCUCCUUUGAAUUACUUGAGAAGCAUUUAAAGAGUUGCUCCAAAACAAAGGGCAGUCCGCCGUCGGCCAGUGGAUCGUUUCCGAUUGAGCCCACAUUUACAGUCCACNGUAUACUGAAAAUAGGGAACCAAUUGCCCGGAGCUAAGUCUGUGCUCUCCUUUGAAUUACUUGAGAAGCAUUUAAAGAGUUGCUCCAAAACAAAGGGCAGUCCGCCGUCGGCCAGUGGAUCGUUUCCGAUUGAGCCCACAUUUACAGUCCACCGAACAUUCACUGCCGUAAAUGUGGGCAAACUUUCGAUGAGAAUUAUUGGCUUCGCGAUUGGAUCCCAAACCGGGACCACUGCUAUGACUUGUCAGGGAUACGGGUUUAAAGUCAUAAAUUGCGGUCCAUUUGAGUUGAGACCCAAUGAGAAUCGCAAAAUCCAUAUCGCAUUCACUCCUGAUUUUACGCAAUACAAAGUGAAGCAAAUGUUGACAAUAUUGACCGAUAACUCAAACGAGAAGAUCGAGUACGCGUUGACCGCAACUCUGCCCAAACAUCUGCUCCCCCUUUGCAAUCAGUCACUUCCGCGACCCAAUUGGGAGGCCGUCCUCUACUACUGUUUGGUAACAAUGAUGACAUUUAUGAUACUUCUGGCCGUUUGCGUCGCAUUCUUCGAUGGCGACCGAAUCCUCAAAAUUCGUUGUCCAAAGUGUUGA